UUUAGCUAAGUAAACAAACCCUAGUUCUAACUAUAAUCUUAUGAUCAUAUCAACCUUUCUCAUUCAAGCAAUUUUAGAAUUGCAAAUUUCCCCUUCAUCACCAAACAAUUUCCACUUUCUAUCAAAUGUUUGUUGCUGAUGACAUAAUGAUUCCGUGUCAAUCUUCUCGUCUCUAAAAUUCUAUUUAAACCCCCCAAUUGCACCAUCCUAUCUCAGGAGUUUUUAGUACCUCUGAAAAUUCCACCCCCAAAAAAAUCAAAAUCCCCCCUACAAAAUUUUAUUUUCCUCACAAUUUUCUCUCCAACCAAACAAUGGAGAUCGAGAUCGAUUGUAGUAAUGGUGGUGGCGGUGACCCACUGAACUGGGGAUCGGUAGCGGAGUCACUAAAAGGGAGUCAUUUAGAGGAGGUGAAGAGAAUGGUGGAGGAGUUUAGGAAGCCAGUGGUGCGGUUGGGGGGUCGGACUCUGACCAUUGGUCAAGUCACUGCUAUUGCGAGCCAUGACAGUGGAGCCACUGUGGAAUUGUCCGAGGCGGCUCGAGCCGGAGUCAAGGCUAGUAGUGAUUGGGUCAUGGAUAGUAUGGACCGUGGUACGGACAGUAAUGGAGUUACUACUGGUUUUGGGGCUACCUCUCAUAGGAGAACCAAUCAGGGUGGUGCACUCCAAAAGGAGCUCAUAAGAUUCCUGAAUGCUGGGAUUUUCGGCCACAAUACGGAGGCUCGUCACCCAUUGCCUCACACCACGACGAGGGCGGCGAUGCUGGUGAGAAUCAACACUCUUCUGCAAGGAUACUCAGGCAUCCGAUUCGAGAUCUUGGAAGCUAUAACCAAGUUCCUUAACCUUAACAUCACCCCAUGUUUGCCACUCCGAGGCACCAUCAGUACCUCGGGUGAUCAUGUACCGUUGUCGUACAUUGCCGGGCUAUUAACAGGCAGGCCUAAUUCCAAGGCUGUGGGGCCUAACGGUGAAUCACUUGACCCAACUGAAGCUUUCAAGCUGGCUGGAAUUGAGGGUGGAUUUUUUGAGCUGCAACCCAAGGAAGGCCUAGCAUUGGUAAAUGGCACUGCAGUUGGGUCUGGCUUAGCUUCCACGGUACUUUUUGAGGCUAAUGUACUAGCAAUCUUAUCGGAAGUUAUAUCAGCGAUCUUCGCAGAGGUUAUGCAAGGCAAGCCUGAAUUCACAGACCACUUGACACAUAAACUGAAGCAUCAUCCUGGCCAAAUUGAAGCAGCAGCUAUUAUGGAACACAUUUUGGAUGGCAGUGCUUAUGUAAAAGCAGCUAAGAAGUUGCAUGAGUUGGAUCCUCUUCAGAAGCCAAAAAAAGACAGAUAUGCUCUUAUAACAUCACCCCAAUGGCUAGGUCCUCAAAUUGAAGUGAUCAGAGAAGCAACAAAGAUGAUCGAACGGGAGAUAAACUCUGUGAACGACAACCCACUAAUUGAUGUGUCGAGGAAUAAGGCUCUGCAUGGAGGGAAUUUCCAGGGGACGCCAAUUGAUGUUUCCAUGGAUAACACCCGUCUCGCCAUUGCUUCCAUUGGCAAACUCCUGUUUGCGCAGUUCUCUGAGCUUGUCAAUGACUUUUACAACAACGGCUUGCCCUCAAACCUCACUGGAGGCCGCAAUCCAAGCCUGGAUUAUGGGUUCAAGGGUGCUGAAAUUGCAAUGGCAUCCUACUGCUCAGAACUCCAAUACCUUGCCAAUCGUGUAACUAGUCAUGUCCAAAGUGCAGAGCAACACAAUCAGGAUGUCAACUCUCUAGGUCUGAUUUCCUCGAGAAAGACAGCUGAAUCUAUUGACAUACUGAAGCUCAUGUCUUCCACCUUCUUGGUUGCUCUAUGCCAAGCCAUUGACUUGAGGCACUUGGAGGAGAACCUGAAGAACACAGUGAAGAAUGUGGUCAGUCAAGUAGCCAAGAGAGUUCUAACAGUGGGUGCUAAUGGUGAACUUCACCAGUCAAGAUUUUGCGAAAAGGAUCUGCUCAAAGUGGUGGACCGAGAAUACGUCUUUGCCUAUGCUGAUGACCCCUGCAGCGCAACCUACCCCUUGAUCCAGAAACUAAGGCAGGUUCUAGUUGAUCAUGCCUUACUCAAUGGCGACAAGGAGAACAAUCCAACCACUUCUAUUUUCCAAAAGAUAGGAACUUUUGAGGAGGAACUGAAGGCCCUUCUACCCAAAGAAGUAGAAAGCACUAGACUUGAAUUGGAGAAAGGAAACUCCACAAUUCCUAACAAGAUCAAGGAAUGCAGGUCGUACCCAUUAUACAGGUUUGUGAGAGAAGAACUGGGAACUAGUUUGGUGACUGGCGAGAAGGUUGGAUCGCCAGGGGAAGAAUUCGACAAGGUGUUCACUGCAAUGUGUGCAGGAAAGUUGAUUGACCCCAUGCUAGAAUGUUUACAGAAGUGGAAUGGUGCUCCUCUCCCUAUAUGCUAGGACUCUUCAACAACCCAACAAGGCAAAAAUCCUAUCCAUCUUUCUUUUUGUGUCAAUAUAUGAAGAAAAGAAAGAUAUGGAAUAAUAAGUGUUUCUGUAUUCAUAACCUUUUAUGGUAUUACAACCCUAGUAUAUAUAGUUACAAGAUCAUACGCAUCUCCUAACUUCUAGCU